AUGUCCAUGGCCCUUUCAUGGUUGUUCAUCUGCCUUGCUUUGACGCUGGCGGAGGCCAUCGUGAGCGAAUCACCUCAAGAUGAAUCUCUGCAGUCAGCUGCCCCACGCUUGCUCCUCUUCUGGCCGGUGGAUGGGUCGAAAAGGACCGUGGCGCUGGUGAAGAAGAACGUGAGGUAUGUGAAGUCCUCGUUGGGCAGGAACUGCUGCAAAGUCUUCCUGGCCCACUACAAAGGAGACGCGGCGCCCUUCGGCGCGGCUUGGUAUCGGCGGAACGUGGUGGGAAACCUCAGUGCUUCAGGUUACAAAUUCAGAUUUAUGCAAGAAGCAUAUGCCCAGUCUGAGUUGCAGGAGCCCUGGUCCAGCAGCUACGACUAUGUCUGGGGCUUGGAUAGUGAUGUGGACCUCACAGGGACCAAUUUGACGCGGCUCUUCGAGUUGACGAGGGCCUCGAAGGCCUUGAUCGUUGGCCCCACCUUCAUCGGCUCAGGUGUGAAUCAGAAGCACCCUGGUGGUGACUUGAAGAAGGGCAAGAGGAAGAUGCGGCAGGUGAAGCGCAAGCGUCGCCCGCCGGCGCAGCGGAGCGUGGAGGUCUCUCCGGGUGGUGCGGAAGUGGCCGCUGAUGCGCACAUGGAUGAUCCUCCGGAGCUGGGUACCUUCAUCGAGGGCGAGAGGAACGAUGGAGCUUUGAGCGACGUGGCCAGCUCGCGCGCCGCGCGCGCCGGCAUUUGGCGCUUCGAACGGCCGGAUCCACGCUGCGACUAUCGCCACACGGACUUCGUGGAGCUCACCGCGCCGCUGCUGAGCAUGGCCGCCCUGCCGUUGAUCUUCAACGAGUGUAGCAGUUGCAUCCAUGAGAAGUCAGAUUGGGGGCUGGAUAUGGUCUGGUGCAACUUCUUAGCCUCCAAGACUGGUGCCUAUAGUUGCGCUUUGUUGGAUGCCACGCCGGUGAAUCACCUCAAUUGGAAGCAGGCCAUGCCCUCGAAGCUCUUCUACGACGCCAAUCGCGAAGUCCAUCGGAAGUAUCGCCGCUUCUGGGCGCACAUGAAGACGUUGAGUUGCGUCGCAGAUCCGGAGAGAACGACCAUCUCUGCCGAGGGCCUGGCGCCGAGCACGAGGCACCUGGUGCGGAAGGAGCCCAGCCAUUGA